UCUACCUCGAACCUCUCUCCUCAUCUUCCUUGGUCCUCCCUCGCCUCCUAUCCACCACCACAUCAUCUCCGGAGUCCUGUCUCUGUCACUCAGACUGUCUGAAACAACACUGAUCGAAGCAAUACUUCCAUUCCGGGUAAGUCUCCGCCGCGACUUGUUUUCCAUAUCCAAGUAAUGAGGGAAGACGACUCCAAUUGGUUCUCAAGAUGGGAGGAACAACUCCCAUCUCCUGAGGAGCUUAUGCCCUUAUCCCAGACCCUAAUAAGUCCUGAUCUUGCUCUCGCCUUCGACAUCAGAUCAAAUCCCAAUCCCAAUCCCAACGCCAAUACCAAUAUCACUGGUAGCCCACAGCACGCCCCCACGCCCCCACCCCCGCCGGCCAAUUCUCUGCCUCCUGCUACUCCUACCCACCCCAACUCCUCCGCUGAUUUCGCUGAUUCCGCUGACUUGGGCUCCGGAGGAGGCGGAGGGCCCGGCGAUGAGCCCGCCCGCACUCUCAAGCGGCCCCGCCUGGUGUGGACCCCACAGCUGCACAAGCGCUUUGUGGAUGCAGUCGCCCAUUUGGGGAUCAAGAAUGCCGUCCCCAAGACCAUAAUGCAGCUGAUGAGCGUGGAUGGGUUGACUAGGGAGAAUGUCGCCAGCCAUCUGCAGAAGUAUCGCCUUUAUCUUAAACGAAUGCAGGGAUUAUCUGCUGGGACUGGGGGCGGUGGCGGCGGGGGAGGUGCCGCUGAUGCUGCCACUGACCAUUUAUUCGCCAGCUCGCCGGUCCCUGCUCAUUUCUUGCACCCAGGAAGGCCCAAUUCCGAACAUUUCCUGCCGUUUGUUCCGGUCGCUAUGCAGCAUCACCAUCACCAGCAGCAGCAGCAGCAACAGCAGCACAUGGCAGCAGCUGCCACUCAUCCGCAGAUGCAGCAGAGUUCUCAGUAUCACCAUCAUAGGCAGCCGCAGGUGGGGCACUUUGGUUCCCCACCCAAUCCAAAUGGGCAAUUUGAGCAUCCGUUCCUGGCUAGGCAGUCGCAGCCAGUGCAUAGGAUCCCCAUUCACAGUCCAGCUGUGCCAGGGUAUAUUGAGGACAUGGAAUCUGCUAAUGCAACUGGUGCUAAUGGCAGGAAAGUUCUUACUCUUUUCCCUACUGGGGAAGAUUGAAUCUUGGUAAUUCUCAUGUCUCACUUGCUUUCAACUCCAGUUCAUUUCACUUGUUGGUUUUGUGAAAUAGUUAUCUAUAGUACUUGUCAAAAGGUUUACCACAUACGGUUGUUGUGCCUGUCGUAUGUGUUUGUUGUGGAAAAUGAGAUCCAAUUUCCAUUUCCAGAUUCAAGAUAAUUAUGCAUUUGUUGUAUGCUUAACCGUC